AUGGCAACAAUUGCCCAUGUCGAUCAACGGGCCGAGAUGUACCAGAAGGCCCGGCCCACUGAUGCAUUCUUUAACAUGAAGGCGCUGGCGCCACGACCACUAUCAGAAGCCACCGAGAUGUUUGAUACAGACUUCGAGGACGACGAUAGUGAUAUGGACGACGACUCACCACGCCUGAGUUUGAACUCGACGGAUAGAAGGAGUGAGACGACGUUAUCCUCCUUUGAAGAGAUCCACACUCCAAGCCCAGAUAACAAUGAGUUUCGAGGCUUUAACUUCGACCUAGCUGCGGUGAAGAAGCCUGUGGAGGGACCAAGGGGACCACAUCUGUUCCGGAGCUCGGUGGACUCGUCACUCACUUCGGACGAGCAAUAUGUGCUGGCAAUGUCCCCCAUGACACCCAGACCAUCAAGCACACAACGAGCAACCCUGAAUGCGCCUCGAGUACCGGAUAUACCAACCCGUCACCGUCACCUCAGCUCACUAACAAACGCGGUUGGGGACCUAAACCUAAACGAGGUCGCAUCAUGGACACCUCGACAAGUCGCAAUGUGGAUGGCGGAUGCAGGAUUCGACCCAUCAAUCGUGGAGAAGUUCGAGGAGAACGAUAUCUCCGGCGCGAUCUUGAUCACCCUGAAGUUCGAGGACCUGAGAGAGCUGGAUAUACAAUCCUUCGGCCAACGAACAAAGGUCUGGAAUGAGAUCCAUGUUCUCAGGGGUAGCGCACCGGGUACACCCAAGCCCCCUACCCCUAUCGAAGAGGUCUCGUCUCCCUGCACAGCAAUCCGACAACCCUCGAGAACACACUCAAGGUCAGGGCGAGACAAGUUGCGCCUCGACUGUGGACGGGAAGCAUCGCGAACGCGCAAAGGUUCGCGAAGACGACCGAAGAACGAGGACAUAAUCACACCUUUGGAAUCGGUCUCUAUUGUUGGCAUUGAGCAACUCAUUCCAAAAACACACAAAUGCUCAAAAGGAGAGAACUGCUCGAAAUGGAGAAAGCAACAACGGUUGAUCGAUAGCUUCAAGAAGGAACACCCAGUUAGCCCUGAAGGCGGGUCCAUAUGGGUUGCUGGCGACCCUGGAAACGCACUUACAGCUGAUGCAGUUGCUGAAGCUGCUCGACCCAUAUCAGAUGCGGUCCCAUCGGUUGUGGCCUCAUCAGACGUCCUUGGUCCUGGACCAGUUCCUCAGUUCCGCCACUUGGAGGAGGCCAGUCUUCGAAACGUUCAAUCGCGCGAUCCCCAGGACAAUGUCAAGCAAUUCAUCCAAUUCCAACGCAUGGAUCCCCAGAAUAUGACCUGGUCAUCAGAGGAACCCCCGACGCCCCCUUAUGAGAUGUUUCCCAAGUUGAAGGGCCCUCAUACCGGACUUCGAGGACUUCCUCGACUCGCCAUCCCACCUCCACGGCCAACACCCCCGCCACGUUCCGCGAGCGCAAAUGCCUUCUCCCCGUAUCGCAUGGAACGAGCGGAGGCCAUGAGCCCCGAGCUGCGCAACGCUACGCAAUCCCCAAACAACGUGUAUCGCUUUGGCACACCAUUCUCCGAGAUGGACGUUCCCGUAACGGCCAUCCCACUAGGCCCCGUCUCCCGAGAAGCUUCACAAUCCGUGCCACCCAACAUGUCCUAUCGACAUGCCCCCGCUCCACCCAUCCAAAUCCAACGCACACAAUCCCGCUCUUCCGCUCGCCGUCCGUCCUUCGCUAUGCCCCGCGUCGACGAGAAUGUCUCGACCGCGCCGCCAACCCAGACAAGAUUCAAACCGCAGCAGACGCAAAUUCCGUCAGAAAUCCAAGCAGCAUACCCCUGGUCACCAGUAACUGCUAUUCCAACAAGUGCCAAGGACGAUAUGGCACACGCAGGAUGGAUGAAGAAACGGAAAACGAAGAUGCUCCGCCAUGAAUGGCACGAGCACCAUUUUACCCUCAAGGGCACCCAUCUCGCCAUGCACAAGGACGAGAGCGCCAUGGAGACCCUAGAGUACAUCGACGUAGACGACUACGCCAUUGCCUGCUCCUCCGUCGCGUCGGGCUCGAAGCUCAACGCCGCAUUCAAGGCAAUGAACAUCUCUCGCGGCAACAAGGACAAGAAGGACGAAACCGCCUUCUCAUUCCAGCUAAUCCCCGCCGCGAUCGAGAAAGGCGUCCGUCUACGGAAGCGAGAUAGCUCCGUACCACCCGGAUCCGCGGGCGCCGACGGCAAAGCCGCAAAUAACAAGACACACUACUUUGCUGUAAAGUCCCGCGAUGAGCGGAUUGACUGGAUGCGGGAAUUGAUGCUCGCGAAAGCGCUGAAGCAAAAGAGCGAAGGGUACGAGGUGAACGUAAACGGGAACAUGAUCUAA